AGGGGACGGGUGUUGACAAACCCCAUACAUUCGACUCACAAAGCAUGCAUAGUCCUCUAAACACACAGUGUGCUGAAAGAGGUUGCUGGAGCGUGGUUUGUCAGAGGAGGUACGUCAUUGCGAGCAGCGGCGAUUGGCUGGAUCCCGCUCCUUUUUCUCCAGAAUUUGCGACACGAGCGGUCUUCGCCUCCGGAGCAGCGACAUCCCACAGUAGAGGCAGGUGGACUUAUUUCCCUCAAGAGAAAUGAAUGCAAUAUAGCGCGUGGACAUUUCUGUUCGCUUUCGUCUCCUCAAUUCUUCCCUGCAAUACAGACACUGCCCGACCCGGACUAAAUGAGUUCCCGGACCUCGGAGAGACUGGCGCUUUCUAUUCCCCACUGUGCCUUGAACGGAACCGCUCGGAGCAGCAAUGGCACGUGCUUGGACCCGGUGGACCAGCUGUUCCAGGCGUCCUCCUCCACCGCCGUGCUCUUCGUGCUCAUCGCCAUGAUCAUCGGGAUAAUAUUCGUGUCCGUCACGACCUUCCACUUUCACAAAAGCAAGAUGAAAAAGCGCAAGAUCCAGAAAGCCCAGGAGGAAUACGAGCGCGACAACUGCAGUCCCAAAGCGGCCAAAGGCAAGCCGGUGGUCCGGCAGUGCAUCAUGGUGAGACCCCCCGCGGGAGCGCGCACGGCAGAUCCUGGCGUGACAGAGGACAUGAGACACUCGGGACAGACCAGGGAUGAGGACUUGUUGGAAUCGGUCGCUGUGUCUUGAUAACGCAGUGGCAGCCUUUGGAGGACGCUGUAAAUAACCUCUGUAUUCUUAUGAUAUCACCUACGGAAUAUACCUAUUCUUCGUAUAAGACUUGAUGAGUUUUCAUAGAGGAUCCCGGAGGAGGCUUUCUUUACUGGUUUUUGAGGAGGACUGAGGAAUGCUGACGGAAUUUAAAUCAUAAUUGUUAUUCAAUCAUAAAGAGAUCGAAAGAGAUGAAAAUGUAAUAAAUGAAUCUAUCAGGAUUUUGUUGAUGGGAAUCAAAUCAGAAUUUCAUAAAGAUGAAAUUUAUUGGGGGGGGGGGGGGGGGGGGGAUCUAAUAAUAAAUUGAAAAUGAUCUUAUUGAAUAUUAAUGGAUUUUAUAUUAAAAUUAGGAGUCAAUGCCAAUGAGAUCAAACAGAAACCCUUGAUGAAUUAAAUAAACACGUGCAUUCAUUGGCAUUAAUCAGUUCAUCCAGUAGGACUUCAGUGAAUACUUAUCAUCUUAUUGAUGGCAUCAAAUGAAAAUGUUCUAAAAAAUAAAAUAAAAAGUAAACAAUUCCAGGGUGGAGGGGGAAUCAGUUCAUUAAUCUAAAAGUAUAUUACUGAAUAUUAAUGGGAUUUCUAUCAUAACUCAAUCCAAUUGUGACUAAACAGGAGUCCUCUCUGAAUCAAAUAAGAUAUAGAAUUAUAUAAGAUAUAUAGAAUUACAAUUCUGGGGGAAAAAAGUCACUGAUCAUUCAACCCAAUAAUGGAUUUCUAUUAUAAUUUGGAGCAAAAACAAACAACUAAGAAUCAAAUUCAGUAGGAUUUUACUGAAUCAUAAUUUGGAACCAAUCCAAACAAAGGGAUCAAAUGUGAACCGUCUAAGAAUCAAAGAACAUCCUUCCGGAUGAACUGAGGUGCCCGUUCUUUCUCUCAAGCCUCUCUUAGCGAAUGUUUUUCAGAAUUUCAGUAAAUCCAGUUGGAUUGUGUUUUAUACCAUUAGGAUUGUCUAUAAAUUAUGAUAGAUGUGCCAUUAGCGUUUGGAGGACAAAUUAUGGACAUGCUGCCAGUACUUGAAAGUUUAUUACUCCGUGGUGAAGGAAUAAUGAGGUUCUCUUGUAUAAAGUCUGUACAGACGCUGUCCAGUGCUGAAAUAAGGACAGAGAUGGCGGUCUUCUUCAUGUAGAACUUCAACACUAUUCCCAACAAUUUCCUUUGUUUUGGGGUUCAGAAACUCUUAGGUGUUAAUCUUUCAGGCAACAUUGUUGUUGUUUUUUCCGACAAAUAUUGGGAUUUUCCUUUAUCUCAGUUGCUUUUUUAAGAUAGAAGUGCAAUUGGUGCCAUUCUGGCUUGGCAUGAAUAGGUUUAGUGUUUUAACCCCUUUAUCCCCGAGACUGUUAAUGUGCAACUGCAGCUGCUAGUGGUAGUAUAGCCUAUACUUGUUUUGUUCAUGACACUGUAUAAUCAUAGGAAAACUUAUGUAACUUAGGCGUUUCAGUUUUGUGUUACAGCUCUGUAUUAAUGCUCUCUUUUUGCAUUUUUGCUCUAGAUUAAUAUAACACUAAUGUCGAGUAUUAUAUUUUCAUCAUUAUAUGCUAGUGUAACAAUUAGAAAUAAGAGUACAUUUUAAAAGUCAUUUCAUAUAUUUCCUUGACGUUGUGUUGAACCGGAAAUGAAAGUUAUAGACCAAAAUCACAUAUUAUAACAGAUCGCAGUUUGAACUUUUGUUUUUAUUUUGUUCCGUGCAUUUGAUUUUGAAUUACUAAUAAAGUAUUGUGCAAA